CAGACGCUGCCUGCUGCAGCACCAUGGAGCCUCAGCAGGGAGCCGAGCUCUGCUUCCCUCAGCUGAACUCCUCCUGCAGGAAGCCGUCGCUGCCCCAGAAGGAGGCCCUGCUGGUCUACGUGCUGCUGUCCUCCAUCUCUCUGCUCACCGUCGCUCUCAACCUGCUCGUCAUCAUCUCCAUCUCACACUUCAGGCAGCUCCACACCCCCACCAACCUGCUCCUCCUCUCCCUCGCCACCUCCGACCUCCUGGUUGGCCUCCUGCUCAUGCCCGUCGAGAUCAUCUACAUCGAGGCGUGCUGGUUCCUCGGCGACGUGGCGUGCACGAUGUACUACGUGGUCGACUACAUCAUCACGACGGCGUCCGUCGCCAACAUGGUGCUCAUAUCUGUCGACCGCUACAUCGCCAUCUGUGACCCUCUGCACUACUCCGCUAAGGUCACAAAGAAACGGGCUCAGGUCUGCGUGUGCCUGUGCUGGAUCUGGGCCGUGUGCUUCCGGCUGCUCCUCAUGAGCGACCACCUGAAGCAGCCGGGCCGCUCCAUCAGCUGCUCGGGAGAGUGCGUGGUCGUCAUCAACUACAUCUCCGGGGUGGCCGACCUCGUCUUCACCUUCAUCAUCCCCAUCGCUGUGAUCAUCGUGCUGUAUCUGAGGGUGUUUGUGGUGGCCGUGUCCCAGGCCAGAGCCAUGAGGUCUCACAUCGCAGGUCAGGCGGCUCAGCGUUCGGGCGCCCCGAAGAAGAUGGAGAUGAAGGCGGCGAGGACUCUGGGCAUCGUCAUCCUGGUGUUUCUGUUCUGCUUCUGUCCUUAUUACUACCCGGCGCUGGCGGGCGAGGACACGUCCAUAGACGCGUCGGCGGCGGACUUUGAGAUCUGGCUGGCUCACUUUAACUCGUGUCUGAACCCCGUCAUCUACGCCUUCUUCUACCCCUGGUUCAGGAAGUCCAUCAGACUGAUCCUGACCCUGCAGAUCCUGAAGCCCGGCUCCUCCGACACUCAGAUACUAUAG